GGGCCCUACACCCUGGACAAGAAGAGCCUUUACAUCAAUGGUUACAAUGAUCGAAUAGCCCUCUCCUCCACCACAGGCUAUGAGUAUUCUUAUCCUGGGGGCAAACAGAGAACACCACUUGUCCGUCCCAACCCUGUUCUCAUAGCAUCCUAGGAAAGAGAGGAUGGACCAAGGAUGUAAAAGAGAGAGGAAGGCACCACAUCGCCCUCAUUCUUGUAAUUCAGUCUCCACCAGUUGACUCAGUGGCCAAGCCAAAUGGAGUGCAUUUUCCCUGUCUCUUACAGUCCAUACCCCUCCUUGUCACAUGGACAAUUGGUCCACAAUUUUCAUUCAUGAUAUUUCCCUUCAGGUUCAAUAUUCAGAACCAGCACUCCAGCUCCAUCCACAGGCCUUUGAAGGAGGGAAAAGCAACCGGAGUUAUUAUUGCUUGUGCUCGUUGGAUAGAUCCUGCCAGCCCUGACCUAGAUAGAGAAAAACUGUAUUGGGAAUUCAGCAGCCAGACCUGCUGGCUCACGAGACUGGGACCCUACAUCUUAGAUGAGGAAAGUCUCUAUGUCAAUGGUUAUAAUCAUCUAGCCUGCACCAAAAUCCGUAAGUAUUCAGUACUUCAAUUUCCCCACACCUUUGGGGUCUCUAUUGGGAAGGAAACAGCUAAUUCACUCUACCCUUCAUCCCCAACACUGAGUUGA